CGUCAAUAGUAAUGCGAUUUGUUCUCAAACUCUAAGCUCAGCUUUGAGUUAUCACCACGCGCUUAGAUAGAGGUUGCAUUUUAAUCAUUUUAAUUAAAUCGGGUUGGGUAGGACAACAGGAAAACCGAACCAUUCAUCAUACCAAAAUGCGAUAAGAGGCCAUAAUUCUCCGACGCGUCGCGUGUCCCACUUCAACCUCAGAGCAUCAAUCAAACAUACUAGGUACUUCGACUAUAUUGUUCGAAAUUGAAAUAUUUAACCAAGGGAGAAAGAAUACAAACCGAUGCAGUCAUGGCACGACUAUCGUUGCCAACAACAGCCCGUCUUUCCCCAUCCUUACGGGUUGACCCCGCGAACAACACCGUGAUUAAAACUCUUAAUCGCCUCUCGCGAUCGUCGCUACUGUCGCUUGUGCUGGACUGGUUAGACGAAAGAAACCAAUACUUAUGCCCGCCGCUUCUCCGCCGACCAGAUGCUCCCCAAGAUGAAGACGAAGAUGACUUUUAUCCUCCUGCGGAAUCGCUUGAGGAGUUAAGAGGACUCUAUGAAUCCAUGCAGGCUAGGAAGGGCGGCCGACGCGAAGUAGUCGAUAGGAUUCUCGAAGGCGAUUGGCGAUACGGUCUUAGUCUAUACCAGCUAGCAAUGGCAGACCUACAAUACCUAUACGAUCACCCUGGCAGUCUCAAGUGGACCGCCUACCGUAUCCAACAACUGAAGGUCCCGGCGCACGAGGAUGAUGCCGAAGGCCCAGAGAGAAUAGACAAGGAAUCGCUUGCUGUACCGCGUUUCCACCCGUCUACCUUCUUACAGAAUUUGCAAGCCGAAGUGCUUCCCGACGUCAAGGCGCAUUAUAACUUUGACCGACCAAAGGACAUGCCGCUUCUGUUGCUGCGCAUUUUCAUUAUCGACUCCCCUUAUAACACCGACCUAGCGGUCUCAACCCGGCAUCGCGGCCGUCCUGGCAGCAAUGGUAGCAAUAAAAGCAUAACUACGAGCUUUGAUGCCUCUAGGACUAUCUACAUCGCUUUCCCAGACGCCUCGCCGCACAUCUAUAUAUCUAAAUCCGCCGCCGGGGGCGCUUCCUCGUCAGCAAGCGCGGCGGGCGAAGCCAAGAGCCUACGCGCCCUUAUCGUGGAAGGCAUUCCAAAGGCGCUAUCAAGACCACGCGAGCGGUAUACUUUAAAGGGAACAAACCUAACGACGAAGAAUCUAUCUACCAUGUUGGCAGUGAAGGGCGCGGGUCGCACAAAUGCCGCAGGUGGCGGCUGGAGCAUCUACGCUGGCACAGGAACCUCGGAUUUGAAAACCGACAGCCCUUUGCAGACUUUACUGCCCACACCACCAUUAUCAGACGCAUCGUCUAUCGACACUGAUAAUACAGAUAGCGAUAGCCGCAAGCGUAGGAGGCCUGUGAAUGAUCCAGCGGAUGUAGAGGAUGAGAAACAAGCGAAACAAGCACGCUUGGCAGCACAGGCGCGUUUUGGCAACGCCGCAAAAGUGGACGAUGGAAAGGGGAUAGAGAGAUUGGACGUCUUAAUCGAGGACCCGUUUCCCGUAGAUAUUGCUAAUUUCUCAGAUGAUGAGGAGUCUGAGAUUCAAAGGGAGAAUGAAGAUAGGACAGCUGCACUGUCGCGACAGUCGUCGAAGGGACGUCGGAGUACGCUUAAUUUGAGCGUAUUGGUAGAAGAUCAGGAGAAUGCCGAUGAUACUGGCGGUGGAAGAAGAGACAACGACUGGGCACCUCAAAUUAGGCUCUCGUUCCACGGGUCUCACGUCUUUGCUGGCAUACGGCAGUUAGUUGAAGCAGGGAUUGUUGACGGAGAGAAGAUGCCGGGGUGGAUGACGGGCGAGGAGGGCGUGACGAUCGGAGCCGUGCGGCACGGUAGGAUAAAAGGCUUCAAGGGUUCAGGAUUAUGAGUUAUUGCACUAUAAGCACUUCCUGCUGUUGUUUUGUCAUGGCUGGCGUUGUCGGACAAGGAAUUGCUAUGCAUAGGUAGCCUUGGGUGUUUGCGUUCUGAUUUCUAGGAACGAGGUAUGUCGGAUAGGUUAUCAUAUACCCAGUGAAGCAUUUCGGGAGCGGUCUAAUACG